AUGGCGCUCUCCAUCCUGUGUACCCUCUUGCUAACAAGCGGGUUUGCUGCCGCGCAAGCCGCCGGACAGGGCCUCGACUUCACAGACCUCGUAGGCACAUGGUCGUCCAAGUCGAAUUCCACCUUGACGGGCCCGGGGUUCUACGAUCCGGUCAACGAGAGACUUAUUGAGCCGACGCAUACGGGCAUAUCUUAUUCCUUCACCGCCGACGGUCACUUUGAGGAAGCCUACUAUCGCGCCAUCUCGAAUCCGACGAAUCCAAAGUGCCCCAAAGGCAUCAUGCAGUGGCAGCACGGCAGCUUUACCAAACACGCCAACGGCUCCCUGACCCUCACACCCAUCGCUGUAGAUGGCCGGCAACUGCUUUCGGAUCCGUGUCUCUACAGCAGCUCCAUUUAUACCCGAUACAACAUGACGGAGUUGUUCACGCGGUACGAAGUCCUCACGGACCCCUACCACAAGAUUCCGCGUUUAAACCUGUAUAAACACGAUGGAUCUCCACUGAUGCCCCUCUACCUUGCGUUUUCCCCUCCCCGGAUGCUUCCGACUACGACGCUGAACCCCUUGACCACAUCGACCCCUGGAGGGGCGAAGGCGACGGCGAAAGCCCGGCGUUCCGAAAUGCCGCUCAACCACAACGUGGUCGGCAAGCGCUCGCCGGAGAUGCAAAGAGCAGAUCGUUGGUGGUGGUUCGGUGUUUUGCUUACCGCCAGUGGAAGCAUAUUGUAUUUCCUCUUCUAA